AUGGAUUAACUCAAACUCAGACCUUGUAACUGCCUGACCGCACAUCCACUACAGCGCGUGUGGGUGGAAUGUGAGACUGUGUGCACCCUUCGUCUUGCCAGUUUUCAGAAAGGGUUGUCCGAAAAGGGUUGCCUCCGCACUCCGAUACCUAUUGAAGGCUCGUGAAGCAAACGGUUUCGGCAUUUCCUUUUUGUUUCCGCCGGCAUCCUUUGGCCAAGACACGGACACCUUCCCCAUCCCCCUACGUUUCCACAAUGGAAAAUACAAUUUUCGCAAUCUUUGCUUAUCUUUUCUCUCUGCGGCUGCCUCGUUUGCUGCACGAUUCGCUGUUGCUGCUGUUGGCCAUCCAGAAAAUCGGUAAAAAGCUAAGAUCCAUGGGGCGUGGCUGAUAUGAAGGCGGGGGAGCAGAAGAAUGUGUUGGCUGUGUAUCUUUGUCCUUUCUUUGUCGGCGGAGUUGGAGCAGUAAGCUCUGAGCAUCGGCUAUGUCCGAGGUUCGCUUGAAAGAUGUUAACUUUUUCCAGUCUAGCACUUAUUUACUUAUUUUUAGAAAUAUUGGGAAGCUAUAUUUUUCCUCCUCGUUUCAUUUGAUCUUUAUAGUUAUAAAGUUAAGACCCUACAAAGAGAAUCAAUUGAAAUUUCAUGAUAUACUUAUUUUAAGAUGAGAAUAGCACACCCAUAUACAACUAAAAACAUACUAGAACCAAUUAAAUUUAACUGUCUUCAGAAAAUAUUACGAUCAUGAAAUUUAUGAAUAUUUUUAGACAUAUACUUCCUU